AUGAUGGUAUUUUCUAUUUUAUAACUUAGGAUGGUCAAGUUUAAAUAAUGAUAUCGAUUUUUAUACUAUUGGAGGAGUCAUUAUUUUAUUUUGGAAGUUCUAAUUAUGAUUAGAGAAAUAUUAGCAGAAUAUUUUUAGAUUUAGCACCCCAUUCUCAUAUUAUAUUAUGGUGUAUGCAAGAUUUCUGA